AUGGGCAAAGUUUUGUCCUCUUUUAAGAGGAUAGUCUAUAAUUUCGAUUUGGAAGACAGAGCUAUCAGAUGUCUAGAGAAGAACAAACAAGUUAAUAAGGCUGCUCCUAAACAUUCGGGUACUAUCACAAUGGUUGACGAGCGAUACGAUGAACUGUUAUCACAUAACCCUACGUUAGAUGCAAAUAUUAAUGCACUGAAGGUGAAAGAAAAAACUUUGACUAAAGGCAUACUUCCUGAUGGCGUUGAAUACGUCCAUAAAUCAACUCGGAAACUACCACAAAAAAUUUUAUUUUUCGACCCAUAUCCUAGACUGCCUAAAGAUUUUGGCUUCAUCGUUCCGGAUUCAGUACCAGAAGGAAGGAUUACUAUGCGUCAGGCGGUUGAGCUUAUUAAGGCAUACCAGACAGGUGUGAGAAGUGUUGAUAAUCUAAGCGAGUCGUACCAUCUUGACAAAGAUAAUAUAGAAAAUAUUGUGAAUUAUUUUUCCUUAUUUGCAGUGUCUUCUGGACGCUUAUGGGUGCCUUCCUCCUUAAUAUCACCCAAAGAACAGUAUUUGUUGGAUGAACCUGUCUCAAAUAUGUCGAAUGAUGAAAUGAUAGGAGAAAGUGCUUAUCAUCAAAGAAAGCAAACACUGGAGGGCGUAAAAUUGAGAUAG